UCAUUAGGGGGAAAAAAAGUCUCUUGCCCCUUUAAAUAAUUAAUGAGACCUGAAAGUGAAAAUCCUAAAUCUUAUAACGAUUUAAUUUCGUUAGAACCAAACCAAAGCAUCUCUUUAUUAUCUCAAAAAGGCUCCUACCUUACAUAUGUUUUAUUUAUAGUCGCCUUAAGAAUUAUUGUGGGAGUCUUCGAGGAUGACCCAGGAAACGCUUGGACCAUAACCAAUUCCGUUCACAAUCUGGUGACUUAUAUUGUCUUUCACUGGAUCAAAGGCGUACCCAAUGACAAUCAGCAGAGUAGUCUGGCGCUACUAACUUUAUGGGAGCAACUGGAUAACGGAAAGCAAAACACUAUAACUAGGAAAUUUUACACUCUCGUGCCGAUUUUCUUAAUACUUAUAGCUAACCACUACUGCGUUGGAAAACAGUUCUGGUUCAAUUUUGCUCAGUUUUGUAUUAUUUUGGUAGCUAAAUUUCCGUUGAUGCAUAAAAAGAGAAUAUUUGGGAUUGGUAAAUAUUAA